UCCUACCAGUGUCCAGGAACAAAACCACACAUCACUACCACAUCUUCACCCAGCAUCACUCUCUCUGACCUGCAAUGUGGCACUCAGUACUCCGUCACUGUCUGCACUGUGCUGGAAAAUGAAGAACAAAGUCCACCUGUGUCAACAACCUUAACCACACGCCUAACUCUUCAAAUCAUGAUAGACACAUUGGGACUUGGAAGACACCUGAUUAAUAAACUAACACCAGAGAUUCUGCGAGAGAUUGAUGAAGAUUCUGGGACAGACAAACCUUUAACCAGUCUUGUAUCAAGGAGGUUAUUGAAAGCGAGAAGUCUCAAGUGUGACAAUGGCCAAGUUUCCGAUAGUUCACAAGAAGUAAACCCUCUAGACCUUAUCACUGCCCUGUUUCUGUGUUCAGAUGGCUUACUGCAGCAGGAAAUGGCAUUAAAAAUGUCCAUGUGUCAGUUUGCUGUUCCUCUCCUGCUGCCCAACUGUGAUACAGAACAAACCACGUUGAUGCUGUGGGCCAUGAGAGACAUUGUGAAGCAGUUUAGACCCUGCUCUUCUGAUGACCGAAGUGAGUUUGUUGAGAACAGUAUUGUACUCACUGACCUCCCUAUGGUGUCAUUUGUUAGACUGGGCAACAGCACCUUGUCAAAAUCUCAGCUUUUGAAUGAGGUUCUAAGCAAUUCUCAGAACUAUAACACCUUUGUCCACAAGAACAUGCCAGCUGGCAACAUACCAAGGAUGAUCUCGGAUGGCUUUGUGGAAAUGAGCUGGUACCUGCCCAGUGGCAACCCAAACAUUGACGUCUUCAUUGAACCUGUGGCUGUGGCUAAUCUUCAUGGGGAUAUUCAGGAUUUUCAGACCCAGUUUGCUUUCCUCUGCCAGACGUCAGCUGCAGUGUUUGUGUUCUGGGAUGAUUUGGACUCUGACAGCAGUAUUCUGAACCUCCAGAAGAUGAAAGAUCAACUCUUUAUUGUAUGCAACUCUGAUGCUAAGAGGUAUGAUGCAGUCAGUUUUGAGAAGCUUUCGCAUGGGCUCCAGAAACACUCRCACCACAUACUAAUGAAAAACAGGCAAAUGAAUGAUGCACAGCUUGUGAAGAAGCUCCACUCMACAAUCACAGAUGUUAUUAAGGCAAACCCACCCAAAAAAGUGGAGGGAAUGUCUGAUGAUGCACGUAAGUUGGGUAUCCAUGUAGAUGAAGAUUAUGAUCCCUGUCUAAAAGCCAAGACAAGGGCAGCUUUGAUUACAGAUGAAAUAUCUUGCAUACCAAGCUACAAGGACAGCCAGCUACCAUUACAGGGGGAGAUAUGGAAAAGACUAACUACACUGGAGAAAGAGGAGUGUAAGCUAAAAAAAGGAGGUGAUAAGGAUAUUGAAAUGUACAAGAAAGAACUCAAGCAAGAUAAAUGUGAACUCAGGAAGAAGCAGCUGUCUCUUGGCAUUAGUGACAGUAUGAAACAUUUUGUGGAAGGUUUGAGGACUUCCAAAGAAGAGCGCUCCUAUUUCCUAAAGUGGAUGAAGCUCAAUCUGGACAACCUGUCAAUAACACAUCUGUCCUCUCUCAGAGAAAAAUAUAAAGAACUGUGUCGAAGUACCCCAGACAAGAAAGACCUCAUUGCCGAUUUAGACAAACAGAUCUCAAACAGUUCCUUAGGAACCGAACAUUUCUUAAGAGAAGUUGGUCAGCUAUAUGAGUCGUCCUGGUCCUCAGAUGAAAGCGGUGCGAUUGAAAAGCACGUACAAGAACUGCCAAGAAUCUGUGCCCAAUUAAUGUUGGAUGGUUUUCCAUUGGAGCUGAUGGAUGGUGAUGCAUCAAACAUCCCAAUGAAGUGGAUAUCAGAUGUWCUGCAGGAGCUCCACUCCUUGACAAAGUCUGACUGUAAAAUUYGGGUGGUUUCUGUGCUAGGAGUACAAAGCUCUGGGAAGUCCACUCUCCUCAACACCAUGUUUGGGGUCCAGUUUGCUGUCAGCAGUGGAAGAUGCACCAGAGGUGCCUUCAUGCAGCUGAUCAAAGUCAAAGAGGAAUUUAAAAACAAACUACAGUGUGACUUCAUCAUGGUCAUUGACACAGAAGGCUUAAAAGCACUUCAGUCAACCCAGCCUACUGACAAUUGUGAGUAUGAUAAUGAACUAGCCACACUUUUGGUAGGACUGAGUGACAUCUCAAUUGUGAAUAUUGCUAUGGAGAACACCACAGAUAUGAAAGACACCCUACAGAUUGUAGCCCAUGCCUUCCUCAGGAUGAAAGAAUUAGGGAAGAAGCCCAGUUGUCAGUUGGUGCACCAGAAUGUUGCAGAUAUAGCAGCUCAUGGCAAAAACCUUAUGAACAGGAAGCGCCUUCUUGAGCAGCUGAAUGAGAUGACAAUUGUAGCAAGCAGGAUGGAAAAUACAGGCGACAACACUACGUUUACAGACAUCAUAGACUACAAUUUUGAGGACACAUGCUACAUCCCAGGUCUCUGGCAUGGCAGUCCGCCAAUGGCACCUGUCAAUGAGGGUUACAGUGAAGCUGUGGCCAAUUUAAAGAAAAAGUUGAUUAAUGCAUUCAAAAAGGAGGAAGCCUCAAAUGCACAAACAAUCCCAGAAUUCCAGCAUGAGAUCAGAAGUUUAUGGACCUCAAUUAAAUAUGAGAACUUCAUCUUCAGCUUCCGCAACAGYGUUGUGGCUGAGGCAUACACCAAGCUGUGUGUGGAGUUUGAUCGAUGGGACAGGGCCUUCCAAAAGCACAUGUACACCUGGCUGAUCAAAGCAGAAACCAGGUUGUCAAACUACGGCAUAAAGGGGUCAAAACAAGAGUCUAGCCUGGAUGACCUCUUAAACAGUAUGAAGAGGGAGGCUUCAGAUGAGCUAGAUAGAGAGGGAAACAUUUUUCUCAACAAUGUGAAUUCCUAUUACAAUAGAGAAGAAGGGAAUGUGGGUCUGGUCGAGAAGUAUAGGAGUGAAUUUCUCAUAAGUGCAAAGAGUCACAAAAAUGAGACAGAGAGUGUUGUCAGAAAAAAACUAGAGAUUGCGGUGGACAUAAAAAAAUGCACAAUCCAGGUAGACUAUAUUAAGAAAAAUAAUAGAGAUACCCUUGACAAGAAAGUCUCUGACCUUGUUGAAAACUUUAGUGGAUUUGAUAAUCCAUUGAAUAACCAACAGCUUGAGGAAGAAUUUGAUAACAUGUGGAAUAAAACCGUUGGGGAGCUGCCAUUCAGGUGUCCAGAGAAGCAAAAUAUCACCUCAAACGCCUAUCAGCAGCUGCAUCAGAACAUGGGAAGGGAAAGCGGCACAGUUCUGGAAAUGUUAGCAAAAGCAGGCCCUCUUGAGAAAUGUGGACUUAAAGAAUUUCAAGUAAAAAGUGGGCACAACAUGGUGGAGAAGUUUGUGAAGGGAUUGAGGAAGAGACUACACAAGAGUGCAUAUCAAUCUCAAAAAUCAUUAGAGCACAAAACUCAAAUGAUAGCCAACAACAUCAUAGAACACAGUAGGCGGUUUGUGAUGAACAAGGUUAAURCAAAGACAGACUACCAUAGCACAUACAUCACAGAACUACUGGAAUUGAUUGAGGAGGACCUUAAACGAGAUCAUGAAUUGCAUUUCAGUCCCGAAUUUUAUGCAUCUCUCAAGAUACACAUCAGUGGGCAUGCCGUAAGAGAGUUCCAGCAAAUGCAUGAUGCUUUCAUCAGCAACAAUGAUCCCCAACAAAGCCUGGAGAAACUGAAACCACAGUUCCUGGCUGACUUCAAGGACCUAUUCUACAAGAGAGACCAGUGCAAAAGGAAGGCUGAAGAGUUCACCAAACACUGUUUGGAACCUGCAGUGAAGAAGUACAUAACCAAAUCCCUUGGACCAGAUAUAUAUGAUGAAAUGCGUUCAAACUGUGUUGAUGUUUUCAGUACAAAGAGAUCUUUCCAGUGUUCCAUGCUAAAACGCCUACUAUGUGGAGAUUUUCAGACAUUCUUAAAGUACACAGACUACUAUGAGGGAUUUGUAUUUGAGUUCAUUUUGAAUAACACAGUUGAAUACCUUUCAAAGAGAAGCAGGACAGCAAAGGACAUCAGCAUCAUUACAAACAUGGAGGUCCAACACUUGAGGACAAUCAGUAGACAGAUAAAGGAAGCUGUUGAGAAAUCACUGCAAACUGGCUCUGACAGACCAGAUGAAGAUGGUGAGGGUGAUGUCAAUUUUAAUCUGUUUAUUCAGAAUUUACGAUCAGAAUUCUCUAGCUUGCUGGUUAUUCCUACUGAUACAACAGGGAUGACAUUAGAGAAUUCCAAGACCAAAGAGUUUUCUGACAUGCUAUUAUCAUCUGUUGAAGAGAUGGAGAGCCGUCUCAGUGAGGAAUUUCACAAAGAUCAAGAUAUGUUCAAGAAGUUGUCCAGUCUACCUGACCCUCCUCAGGAAAAGCUUUUUAAUAUGUUGUUUGGUUGUGGUAGACUGUGUCCAUUCUGCAAGGCCCCCUGUGAUGAAGAAAUGGAUCAUUCAAUGCACUCUGCUUCGAUUCAUCGACCUGAUGGGCUUGGUGGGUAUAAAUGGAAUGACUCAGAUAAACUUAGCACAGACAUAUGCUCAUCUCUCAGCAACAACAAAAAUCAGUUCCGAAGUGUUGAGACAAAAGGGAAAUUCUGUUCAUAUAAGAAAUAUCAGAACAUUUUCAGAGACUGGAACAUCAAGCCAGACAUCACUCAGACCGCCGCAGACUACUGGAAGUUCCUCUUUGUGAAGUACAAUGAGGAGUAUGCAGGGAUGCAUGAUGUCUUGCCCGCUGAUGUGCCAGACGAUUGGAGAUCAAUCACAAUGAAACAGGCUGAGGACAGCUUGAAAUAAACAUUUGACCCCAAACCAAAGGGGAAUAAAAGUCACGUGCCAUAAUCAUCCUAGAAAAGGCAGCAUGGUAUGGUGUAGCUUCACUGGAAUUGAUGUAAAUGUAUAUAAUUUAGCUACAACUUGAAGAGAGAUUGAAAGAAGAUUCAUUGAAGUUUCCGUCCACAAACAUAAAACAAUAUGAGACCCUGAUGUUAACACUGUAAAUAACUCCCCUCUUGAGUAGAAGAGGUGCUAAAAGGAAGGACGAAAAAUGUACAUCACUUCCAAACAUGACUUUCAGGUCAGUUGUGAAUAAUGAAGAAAUUAAGAAAACACUGUAACUCCAUAGCAUAGGCAUAGGACAGACACACAGUACCAGUGAAAAGUAUGGACACCAAGGCAAAGGGUUUUCUUUAUUUCUACUAUUUUCUACAUUGU